AUGGCAAAGAGAGAUGAAGGAACAUAUCUUUUUCUAAUUCUUUCCUUAGCCAUUUUUGUUCCUCACUUGGCUAAUGCCACAGUUCCGGCCAUUUUCGUACUAGGAGACUCAACUGCAGAUGUUGGAACUAACUCUUUGUUGCCCGAUAGCCUGGCAAGAGCUGACUUUCCUUUCAACGGUAUCGACUUUCCCCACUCCAGGCCAACGGGGAGGUUCAGUAAUGGAUUCAACAGUGCUGAUUUUCUUGCCAAGCUAACGGGGUUCAAGAGAAGCCCACUUCUUCUGAGCCUCAAGUCUGGUCUCCCAAACCGUCUCUGUCGAGGCGUAAACUUUGCCUCAGGAGGGUCUGGCCUUCUUGAUAUAACUGGACAAACGCUGAAAGUUGUGCCAUUAUCAGAGCAGAUCAAGCAAUUUGCCAGAGUCUGCCACAAUCUUACCGCUUUAAGGGGUCCGGCAUCGACCGAAAAACUGCUUUCUAGACCUGUGUUCUGCAUCAGCAUAGGAAGCAAUGACAUUUUUGGCUAUUUCCUGACCAAUAGUACUGUGCCUAAGGAAGAGUUUAUAACCAUUCUCAUCUCUAUGCUUAUGCUAUUUUGGAGCCUAUACAGCCUGGGAGCAAGGAAGUUUGGCAUUAUAAGUGUGCCAACAAUAGGGUGCUGUCCAGCCCAAAGAAUUUUCAAUUCCACUGGUGGUUGUUUGGAGGCCAUGAAUGACUUUUCUAGAGCUGUCUAUUCAGCACUUGAUUCCCUCUUGUGCAAAAUCAGCUCAGAGCUUCCAGGGAUGAAGUACUCACUUGGAAAUACAUAUGAAAUGUUAUACAAAACCCUUCUUCUUUCCUUAAAAGUUAAGAACGGGGACACGGCAUGUUGUGGAUUCGGAACACUGAAUGCAGAACAACCUUGUAAUGCAACAGCCAAUCUUUUUUCAAAUCGCCGGGAUUACCUAUUCUGGGAUCUGUAUCACCCUAGUCAAGCUGCCUCUCGUCUGGCAACCAUAACACUUGACGGUGAUGGACCAAGAUUCGUCUCCCCCAUUAACUUUGCUCAGUUGGCUGAGGAUAAUUAG